AUGGCAGCAGCCUCUGCUUUGGCGGUGACAACAGUCGCUGAAGUAGUUUUAGAAGUCAAGGAGGCUGCCUCCGUGGAGGCCCCAGCUGCAGAAGAAGCCGCACCAGUCGAGGCCGCACCCAUAGAAGAGGCUCCUACUGCAGUCGAAGAAGCUCCAAUUGAGGCUGCCGCAGCAGAGAUUGUGGAGGGAGACCCUGCACAUGCGGUGGAGGCAGACCCUGCACCUGCGGUGGAGGCAGACCCUGCACCUGCGGUGGAGGCAGACGCUGCACCUGCGGUGGAGGCAGACGCUGCACCUGCGGUGGAGGCAGACGCUGCACCUGCGGUGGAGGCAGACGCUGCACCUGCGGUGGAGGCAGACGCUGCACCUGCGGUGGAGGCAGACGCUGCACCUGCGGUGGAGGCAGACGCUGCACCUGCGGUGGAGGCAGACGCUGCACCUGCGGUGGAGGCAGACGCUGCACCUGCGGUGGAGGCAGACGCUGCACCUGCGGUGGAGGCAGACGCUGCACCUGCGGUGGAGGCAGACGCUGCACCUGCGGUGGAGGCAGACGCUGCACCUGCGGUGGAGGCAGACGCUGCACCUGCGGUGGAGGCAGACGCUGCACCUGCGGUGGAGGCAGACGCUGCACCUGCGGUGGAGGCAGACGCUGCACCUGCGGUGGAGGCAGACGCUGCACCUGCGGUGGAGGCAGACGCUGCACCUGCGGUGGAGGCAGACGCUGCACCUGCGGUGGAGGCAGACGCUGCACCUGCGGUGGAGGCAGACGCUGCACCUGCGGUGGAGGCAGACGCUGCACCUGCGGUGGAGGCAGACGCUGCACCUGCGGUGGAGGCAGACGCUGCACCUGCGGUGGAGGCAGACGCUGCACCUGCGGUGGAGGCAGACGCUGCACCUGCGGUGGAAGAGGCGCCAGCUGCUAAGGAGUACAUUGUCGUGGUGCUGGAGGGAGCGAGCAAGUCAGACAAGAGGCCCAAAGUCCUGGGGGUUGGCCCCAUGACCGGCAGGAUUAUCCCAGACGAAGACGAGGCCCCUGCUGCUGAGGUAACAGGGCAAGCGACGGCUGCUUAGGAUGCAGAUGCAGUUGAACCAACUGACAGUAAGCACUUGGAGCCCCUGGAUGAUAUAUCAACCCUGAGGAAGACAUGGGGAUGUGCCUUCCCCCACACUUUAACCCUUCCACACACUUUGACCCCUAACCCCUGACAGUCUACCCUUGAUUUUUAUCUGUAGUAUAAAACUUUUCUCCCGUCUUGCAUCAGGGAAUUGUCUUUAUUCUAAUGUACUCCACCUUUUCCAAGAAGAGGAAAUGUACAGUCUAAUGUACAGUCAAUGUACAGUCUAAUGUACUCCACCUUUUCCAAGAAGAGGUACAUCUUCCUAUUGUAUCACAUCGGAGCCGUUUAGAAAUGGUCCAUCUAUAUAGGCUUCACAACCGAACCUGUGACACUGCAGAUAGUCAGUCAUAUAGUACAAUACAUUACUCUUCUCACCUUUUUAGAUGCGCACAGUCACAAAACACCUGGGAGUUUACUACUGGUUCAUCUGCACAACCUUUAAAAGGAGACUGUCUUUCUCUCAAUGGGAGUUCUAUUUUCUUAGUUUUCAGUAUGGUUGCAGCUGUGAAGGCUAAAGAUACUCUCACAGCAUAGUAUGUCAUAGUUUACUUCACCCAAGAAACCUCACACUAGACUCACUCCAAUGGUGUUUUCUGAUUCUCACCAUCCAAGGCAAUACUACACAUCUGAUGCUCAGCCAGCAAUUGCCUCAUGGCCGGGUAGGAAUGUGACCAGCAUUAUUUAACUAUCCUCAUGUUUUAACUCUUUGGGCUGAUUCCAAUGUGAACAUCACAAGUAUUUAACUCAAAGGGAGUGCGAUCAGACUGCUUUUGGAAAUCACUCUAUUUCCGAGUCACUGACUUGUUUUUGGGAGACCAGAUCAAUUAGGUUACCUUACCACCUCAGUAGUAUUCCUCCAGCUUGUGAUCCACCAGCUUGUAGUCCAUGAUGUUGCUCUUCAAGAUUUCAUAAGGCAGACAUUUUCCUCUCUCUUUUUACUUUCUCCCUCCCCCUCUGUUGUAGAGCCUUUCUCUUCUCAGCACCAUGGCUAUUGAAUACACAGCUGUUAGAUAGUCCAUUUAUUUAAGGGACCCUCUAUAGCUUAUUGUGGUGAAAAGCUGUAUCUGAAAUAGGAAAAGCCAUGAUUUGAGUGUUUUCCUAGGCUGGUAUAAACAGUUGAGUGUUGUGCUUGUUACCAUAUGAAAGCAGAAUUUAAAAAAACUCUGCAGUCAGGCUUGUGUGGUGGCAUACGUUAAUUCAGCGCUUGAUAUGGCUCAGUAAGUGUUUUUAAAGUUUGUUUCUGCUUUUCAAAUUAGAUGAUUUUCUAGUUAGUUUAGAUUCAUAAAUACAUGUUCAUAACUUUGUCAGAACCAGUUAAAAUAAUCAGCAGGCCAUACAAGGCUUUCACUGUAGACAUACUCUACAUAUUUGUAGUAGGACUAGUUCUCUUCUCACUUUCCUCACAUUAUAUUUUAUUUUUGAUAUGUUAGCCAUAUUUGAAACGGUACCGAGACCGUUGAUAAGAAGUGAAUGUAGGAUAAUUCCUAAUUAAGGAGUGUGAUAAUUCAGUGUGUUUGUCCGAAUGUUUGCAGGCAGGGUUUGAAUGGGCCAUAUAGUGGCUUGUCCUGUGAGUGGAUGGCUUCACACUGUAUAUCUGGCCUAGCAUGGGCUACAAACUGUGACUAUUUGAAACAUUGCUGUUUUUCUGAAAUAAAGGAAUAUUUCAGUUUU